UCGUCAUCGUCCAGAUCAUAGGUUUUCAAACUUUUUCAUGCAGCAUCACUCCAUUCUAUGCUCCCAGCGACUUUCAAAAGACUUCAUCUUUGCCGCCGUGCGACGUUGUUUUGCCAAGGAACCGUUUAAAGCACCCAACAGCCGCCGAAACGGAACCGAAACUCGAGUGUCAAUGGAGAAAGGUGGGUUAGACUCCGCCGGCCGAGAAUUCAAGAACGCGGAGGAGAUGUGGAGGGAGCAGGUCGGGGACGACCACAGCAAGAAGACCGAGUGGUACCGCCAAGGCGUUGGCUACUGGGAAGGUGUGGAGGCGUCGACCAAUGGAGUGUUGGGAGGAUAUGCGCAGGUGAAUGAGCCUGACAUAAUGGGCAGUGAAGCUUUUCUUAAGCAGCUUCUCUCUGAGCGCUUUCCCGACUCUGCAAAUGGCCAACGUCACCUUGUUGUUCUUGAUUGUGGUUCUGGCAUUGGCAGAGUCUCCAAAAAUCUUCUCAUAAGAUACUUCAAUGAGGUUGAUCUUCUUGAGCCUGUAUCUCAUUUCUUGGAAACUGCUCGUGAAAGUCUGGCUCCUGAAAAUCAUAUGGUCUGUGAGACGCACAAAGCUACUAACUUUUUCUGCGUGCCUCUUCAGGAAUUCACACCAGAAGCAGGGAGGUACGACAUUAUAUGGGUUCAAUGGUGUAUUGGUCAUCUGACAGAUGAUGACUUCGUCUCAUUCUUUAAACGGGCAAAGGUUGGAUUAAAACCUGGUGGUCUUUUUGUUCUGAAGGAAAAUAUUGCAAGAUCCGGAUUCGUGUUAGACACAGAAGAUCGGAGUGUCACUAGGUCUGAUUUGUACUUUAAGGAGCUCUUUCGUCAAUGUGGACUUCAUCUUUACAUAUCAAAGGAUCAAAAGGGAUUGCCUGAAGAACUAUUCGCCGUGAAAAUGUAUGCAUUAACUACUGAGUUGCCAAAGAAGGUUCAUCGGACAAGAUCUAAAGUGCAAGCCAACAGACCCGGAGUCAUCAAGUGAGGAAUCCCAGCUUGAACCUAACAUAUACACAGAAUACUUUUUCUGGCAGUAAUUUUUUGUCCUGAUUUCUUGUAAUUUGCCACCCCUUAAUAUUUACAAGGACCAGUUUGUAUUCACCUGCAAGUUCUGUACUUUGAUGUUCUUGAUGAUUCGAAUUCAUUGGUUAUGUGCGCAUUAUUUUUCUA